CACAUGACGAGUCCCUGAGUAUGGCUGUUUUGUUGUGACUCGGAACACCAGAACCAAGUUGUUUCUGUUCCUACGGACAUGGCGGACGAGGAGAAAACGCCACUUCUCGGCGGCGGGGAGGCGGAUAAAGGAGGCCCCUCAGACGUGGACGCAGCUGCAGCCAUUGCCUCAGCUCCUCCACUUCCUGAAGAGCCUCCUCCCUACUCAGUGCUGCCAGCAGACAGUUCGGUGGUGAAGUGUGGCGUGUGCCUUUCGCCAAUCAGCGUCAACAAUCGCAGCAAACAGCACCUUGUCAAGUGUCCGGCCUGCCACGAGGCAACGCCUCUUCAGAACCCUCCCGCCGGGAAGAAGUACAUCCGCUGUCCCUGCAACUGCCUCCUGAUCUGCAAGGCGACGUCCCAGCGAGUGGCCUGCCCCCGUCCCUCCUGUAAGCGAAUCAUUGAGCUUGGCGCUGGAGGAUCAAGUUUCGUCAGCCCUCAACUGCAGCCGUGUGGGUCCAGAGUGAGCUGUGGACACUGCUCUCAAGUGUUCCUGUGGAAUGACUUGACCAAUACGAAGCGAGCAAGAUGUCCCCACUGCCGAAAAGUGUCGUUUGUUGGACGCAGGUACCCCUGGCGACGCUUUCUUUACUUUUUCAUGACUGGCUUGUUCUUCGCUGCCAUCACUGGAAUACUCGCGGGUUGUACCUGGGCGGAAGCGAGGGAACAUGGAGCGAUAUACGCCGUCUGGACGGUGCUUCUGAUUCUGUGUGUGGUUAGUUUCGGCUGGUCUAUUUACUGGCUCCGCAUUAAAAUAAGCGAGCCUGUUCAGAGUUACACCUAAAACAACAGCAGACGGCGAAGUCGCUACAAGGGAUGUCCUGAUCCGAUCUCAGAGAUGGGUAUCGGGGCCGAGCGUGGCAUUUUUAAUUGUCGGCUUUAUUUAGCACAAAUUAGAAUUAAGCCUGACCCUUUGUUUUUGGCUAAAAAACAUGCAGUGUAGAAAGUGAAAGCAGUCCAACGACCAUUUGCAGAGGCGGUAGUAAAAGAUUUAAUACUACCAAUCUGAUGUGGCACCUAAAAGGUGAACACUCGAUAAGAACACCGCAGGAAGCAGCACUCAUGAUGACGCACCGACACUUUCAGGAUGUUUUUAAGAGGAGAGAGCGACAAAACCAAAAAUAUUACAGGGACGGCAACUGAACUCAUCCAGCUGGAUGAGCAGGCCGUCGCUGUUGUGGAGAACACAGGGUUUCACGUUACACCUUCUGGACUCUGUAGAGUGCAGGAUCCAACUGGGACUCGAUAUUUAAAACCUUGGACCGGAUGGAGGCAAAGAAAUGAUCGGGACAUCCCUAGUUGCUACAAAAGAUGAAAAUAAUCCGUACGUAAGAGGCUAAUGUUACGUUCUUGGGUGUUGUGUUAGUGCCUUUAUGAAGGGACCGAAGCCUGUCGUCUCCAUUCAGUUUUAUUUCAUUCACAUUUAAAGCAGCAUUAGUUGGAAAUCUAGGAAAAGGGAAAAAGAGAAACUAACAAAAAAAUGCAUAAUAAAUUCCGCCACUACGUCUUACUGCUAAUGUCGACUUGAUUUCUACGAUAUCACCGGAUCUGAGGUGCAGAAGUCUUGGAAACUGAAUAAACUUCAAGUAUGCUGGAAGUUUAUUGUAGUUCUUUUGUUUUUUUCCUAUAAAAUAUUGCCUACCUUAGUUUUAAGGCAUGUAAUAUUGCAACAAAAAAAAAAAGACAAAUAAGAUAGCACUUCUGCCAAACAACUCUGGUUUUGGUUACAUUUCCAUUUAACUUCCACCUUCUUGGACCCGGUUAUAAUUUAUGAAAAUAUUGUGUGGUAAUGGUGAAUUAUAUGCAGUCAGUCACAUGACGAUGAUCAUUUUGUAGAGCUGGUUUAACUGAUGAAUUGUAGAUAGAUUAUUAUCGAACCUAAUUUUGCACCUUUCUUUUUUAUUGUCUUAUUGUAAAUCAGGCUGUUGACUAUUAGGCGCACACAUCUCUAGAUGUAAAGGAUCUUCGCUCCUGUUGUUUUUUCUUAUAGUUGCGUUUAAAGUUCUUUAAUUCUGACAUGUUUUUUUUUCUAAUUGUAUGUGUAUCAAAUGACAAGAAUAAAUGAAUAAACUCGACUUUAACAGUU